AUGGAGCACCUCGUGCGCGACCCGGUUCUUCGGACACGGGUGUACCACCUCAAGGGCGAAGGGAUGGCGUUCAAGGUCACGGUCACGCUCCGUGCAAGAAUGGUGGAGAAGUGGAUCCGGGGCGUGAAGAGGGACUUUCUCGACGCCGCAGCGACCAAGUGCGUUGGGUUGGACUCCGAGUUCACCUACCCUCGCGUGCGUAAUCAGCGCGCCGCCAUCCUUCAACUCUCGGUGGCGUCUGAGACGUUGGUGUUCCAAAUUAUUCAUGCCGAUAAAGUGCCACAAGUGCUCAAGGAUUUCUUGCAGGACGGGAACAUCAGAUUCUGCGGCGCCGCUAUCGGCAAUGAUGUGAAAAACUUAAGUCCCUAUGGCAUUCACAUCACUUCUGCGUACGACCUCCAGAAGGUAGUCCCGAACCCCACCACCAAGCCCACUCCAAGUCUAUAUGAUUUGGCAAACUAUACCAUUGGGACAAACCUUGAGCAGAAGAAGAAGUACAACAAUAAGAAGAUGGACGUCGCCGCGCAAGAAAAAGAAGAUGAGCUCAUUUUUGGAUGGACCAAUUAUCCAUUGAGCUACGAGCAAGUGCACUAUGCAGCACCAGACGCUCGCCUGGGCUUCGAGAUUUCUAGGAAGCAUUGGAUGCUAGUUGGCUACAAUAGCCAUGUUGAUCAUCUUAAUAUUUAG